AGCUGCACCCGCAGCCAGAAGCGGAGACGGAGGAGGAGGCUGUUGUGGUGGAGGUGCCCGCGCACAAAGUGCUUCUUGCUGCCUCAUGCGACUACUUCCGUGCGCUACUGACGGGGGCGGGGGCGCACAUGAGGGACGUGGCGGCAGCGCCGCCGCCACCGCCGCCGCUGACGUCGGCGCCGAAUUCACAAUCGCAACUUGUACGACAAGCCGAACCGGUCGACGACAGAGGCGGCGGCCGCGGCAUCAGAACAGCAACAGGCGUGCCAGCGCCGGCGCCAGUGCAGGCGACGCCGAUGGUUUUAUCGUUACCGGGACUGGAUGGGAGGUCGUUGCAGUUGGCGGUUGCAGCGCUGUACGAGCGACGUGUGGAGGUCAGCGCGGAGAGCUUGGAGGGGCUUGUGGCGGCUGCUUCAUACCUGGGGGCGGGGGCGCUGCUGGAGGCGUGUACGGCGUACAUGCGCGGCGCGCUGGGUCUCCACACCUGCCUGCCGCUGCUGCUGCUGGCGUGGCGCUACAGCCUGCCGGGGUCGCUGCGG